GAUUCCAAAUAUAGCUGCGGGCGUCACAGUGAUGUUGAUGGAUCUCUGUUUUGUGCCUCGGCUUUUCUUUUCUUGUAGUUUCCUUUGAGAAAGUAUUUGUGCAUGAUUUGUCGGGCUUCCACGGUCAAGAACUUUUCCCACCCAUCUCUCCCAUCGGCCUUCUACCAGGGAAUUGUUAUAGUGCAUCCGUUGUCGGUCUACCCGGUAGUUCCGAUCAGCCAGAGUGCAGCCAAUGGGAUUGUACUGCAUAUAAGUGCCUCCUAUGAUAUCGCUACUACCAAGGACUUUGUGGGUGUGUCUUUAAUCAAUGGUGGGGGUGGCAAGGUGACAGAUCUUGAUGGAAAAUCCAAGAUUUUGUGCGAAUGGAUCGAUCCAUUGAAUAAAAAUAUUGGAGAAUACAUAAUCAUCCGUCGAUAUUGACUAUUGCAGGAAAGCAGAUCUUGUGAAGUUUUCUUCAUGAUUUUGCAAAGUUUGGUAUGCUGUCAAAAACAGAAAUGCUGUGAUUGUAGAAGCAGUCGCCUGGAAAAACUCGUCAAUGCCAUCGCGGAGAUGAUUGUAAAGUCACAGAAUUGGAUAACUGCUUCUCAACGAGACCUACCUUCAUGUUGCUUCUUUGCUGAUGUGCGUUGAUAAUGAUGGAUGUAGAAUUAAAGGCCAGAGGCAUUCUACAACAAUGAUGAUGAUGCUCAGACCAUAUGGGUGGAGGCUAUUGAUAUCUUAGCCUUGGACAUGCAUUGAUGAUUCAAUCAUGAGGCUGUUGCUAUCUAAUUCAAUCAAUGAAUUAUCCUGCAUAACCCAAAGAUAUUCACAAUGCCAGUUGUGUUUUCAAGCCUCAAAGCAAAAUGUAUUAUGCAAUAAGACUAAUCAUACCAUCUACCUGGAGCUGAAAAUAUGAUUAACUCUGGCUGUCAGCUUCUACAAAAGAAGUUUGAUAGUUGAAGAAAUUAGAGCCCGAUACUUCUGCUGUCAUGGAUGAUCUUUAGAAUGAAACUCAAAGAAACUCUUUUCUUGUGUGGUAGAUUUCAUUGAUGCUUGAAUAAUAUGGCUGUUUGAAAUAAAUGCAAUUCUUAAGAAAUGGUUUGCAAAGGAAUACAUAGAUGAGCAAUAUCAUAUGACUAUAGUUAUGAACUUGCAAAAGAGUAAUCUCGCUCUCAGAACAAUUGAAAGAUGAUUCUUGUACAGUGUACAUCUGUUAUCUGUAUACGUCUGUGUUAAAGAUGGAUUUUAGUCAUCAAAGUUCCUCAAAGAUUUAUGAAAGACUAAUUGCACUAUGUUAGAGGAAGGAAAGGAGAGAAGAACUGAAGGCUCAUCAGAGGAGGAAGAGGAUGAAGAAGAGGAAGGGGUCUCGAGAGAGAUCGAGGGAACGGUGCGCGACUUUGCGAGUCUCGUUCUCGAAAUCGUACGGUCAAGAGAAUUCAAUGACUUCCUUGGGAAAUGCUUAGAGAAGAAUCCAGAGAAGAGACCUUCUGCAGUUGAUCUACUCAAGCAUCCGUGGGUCAAUGAUGUCACAGACACCAAACCCAUCAAGGACCUGCUUGCGGAAGCAAAAGCCGAUGUCUUUGAGGAACUUCAAGAUCUGCCUGACGAUCAUAUUGAGAGAAGAGAUUCUAUUGAUACCACAAGUCUAGGAAGUCUGGACACAUCGUUUACAGCUCCAUCUACACCUUCGACACCUCCAACAAACAUCAAGAAGGAAGCUCAAAAGUUGGCAGAGGAGCUCAAUGACGUCAAUCAGAAUGGAGACAAGAGCAUCACUGCAAACGGAGGUAACACCAAUCACAACAUUCCUAACGGCAGGAGCAACAGUGAGAAAUCGGGUGAAACGGUACGUGAUGACACGCCCCCCAACACCAACCAUGAAGACAAUCAAAGGGUGUUUGAUAAUGAUAGUGAUAAUAAGAAAAUAGAAAUACAUGUAGAGACGGUGGAAGGGGACAAGGGGAAGGGGGAAGAAUUGAACAAUGAGAAGAAAGAGGAAGGGAAGGACAAUAAGGUUGAAGAUAGGGAAAAGGAGGAUAGUAAAGAAGAGGGUUAUGUUUCAAAUCAUCUCGGGGAAGGGGAUGAACAAUCGAAGGAGAAUGAUACCAAAGAGAUCAAAAGGGAAGGGGUCGGGAAGAUAGAUGAAGGGGGACAGGUGGAUGAAGGAGUCUUCGGGGAGACAGAGGAGGGCGAAGCCCCGUUGAAGAAGCAAAUGAUGAACGGUGACGUGAUCGAAGUCAAGAAGGAGCGCCCGCCGUCGCUCGAGAUCAAGAACGGAAACUUCCCGUUGGUGACAUCGUCCGGGAAGGAUUCAGUGGUCAGCAGGAAGAGUAUGGAUCGGUGCUCGGAUGCGGGCAGCGUGAUGACCAUCGACAGUGUGGAGAGCAUGGACCCGCCCCAGACCCCGUCUGAGACCAAGAAGAACCAUGAGGAGAAGGUCCAUUAUAAGACCCUGAAGAAGACCAGGAAGUUUGUCCUUGAUGGAAAGGUUGUGACCUUGACAACCUCAAAGGUCGUGAAGGAAGGUCAAGAAGACAAGGCUAAGGAACUCCACGCCUUGAGGAAGAACGAGCUUCGAGAGAUUCGUCGUAUGAGGAAGGGAGAGGUGAAAGAGUCAAACAACCUAGCAUCUAAGAUCCUACAGCAAAUGGAGCAGCUAGACAAGAGACAGGAUGCUGAGAAAGGGUCAUCUGUGAAGAAGUUUGACACGGAGAUUGAGCAACUGAACAGGCAACAGAAGCAGAACGUUGAGAAGCUAGAACUAGCUCAGGAGGCGGAACUAAAAACAUUCAAGAAGAAAAUCAAAUCAGAUCAGGACAAAGAAAUGAAGGUAUUCCGAGAUGGCAAGAAGAAGGCAGCGAAGGAGCUGAAGAACGCCAAGGGAGACCGGGAUGUGCUGAGGAAAAGAAGAGAGGAGUUUGAAGUCAAACAGCAGGAGGAAGAGAGAGAGUUUCUCUCCAGGCAAAAGAGGACGCUCGAAGCCGAGAUCGUCCAGAUCAACCAAGGUCACAGGCAACAGGUUGCCACGCUGGAACAUAAAUUUUUGGUGGAAAAACAUAAUAAACAGAGAGCGAGGGAGUCAGCAGUGUGGGAGAUGGAGGAGAAACACCUGAAAGAGAAGCAUCAAAUCUCAAAGAAUCAACUCAAAGAUAUGUUCUUUCUUCAGAGGCAUCAUCUCGUCCUCAGACAGGAGAAGGAGGUACAGCAGCUCAGGAACUAUUUUGAUCGUCAAGAAGAGGAGCUGAAUCAGAAGCACAUAAUAGACCAGAGGCAGUUACCACGGCGACUACGUAACGAGAUGAGGGCCAGGCUAGCGAUGUUCAAGAAGAGUCUGCAGAUCCACAAACCGAGCUACACAGCCGAGCAGGAACGAGAGAAACUUAAAGACUUUCAAGACAAAGAGAAUCUCCGCUUCAAGUCGGAGAUCGCCAAACAGAAGAGCAAACAUGAGAAGCAGCUACAUGAUCUAAGACAGAGCAACGCUGCCAUCAAUCAAGAAUUACUCAGCGAUCAUAACGAGAAGCGUAAGGUGCUAAUGGAACAGGAAACGGUCAAGGUCAAAGAUCGGGAUGAUUUCCAUGCUGACGAGGUCAAGAAAUGGAGGGAAAACCUGAGACCAAGAAAGAGAGAAUUGGAGGAGACAUUCCAGAGGGAGCUCGAGAAGCAAGGAGAGUUUUACUCCGGGAACAACGCAGAAGCCCCAUCAUCAGAUUCCAUGAAAUACAAGAGGAACAGUCUGAGUGUACUCUGAGCCCUCCCCUAUCUAUCCCUUACUACCUUCUUGUCUACCAACCAUAGCUAGUUGAUGUAUCCAGAGUUGCAACAGUGGAAGCCACAUCUGAUUUGUCAGGUCAAUCAGCAAGGCAGUUCCUUCCCAUAGACAUUUCACAUGGGAGGAAUCCGAUUGGUGCUCUGGGCCAUGACCAUACGUGUGAAAGCACUUGUCACAAUCGUCUACACUGAUGUCUUCACAUCUUUACUCUUAGGCAGUGACGAGUUGCAUUUGUCGUCGGUAGAAGUCACACCACAUUACUGUUCACAAUAUGUAAGUCAACUGAACUUGAUGUUAUAGAUAUCUCAACCCGCAAACUCCAGAUUAUUACUUACCUUAACAAGCAAGAGACGGAUGGAUGGCUUCAUUAUUGCCAUGUUGGGCUUACCUCAAGCAAGCAUGGUGGUUAUUGUGAACUUUUGAUAUGGCUUCGUAUUGCAUUCAUAUAAAAUAUUGCCAUGUUGGCUAACCUCAGGCAAGCAUGGUGGUCAUGAUGAACUUUAAAUACGACUUCAUAUUGUAUACAAUAUUGCCACUUGGAAUAACCUUGGGCAAGCACGAUGGUUAUGAACUUUUGACAUGGCUUCUUAUUGUAUACCUACUGUGUACAUAGUUGCCAUGUUGGGUUUACCUUGGACAAGUAUAUGGUUAUGAUGAGCUCCAAGAUCGAGAGAGAUACAAACGAUUUGACUGUUCUGGUGGGCUGUUACUUAUUGUUAACAUUUCCACAUUCAAUAAUGUUGUGGCUUGUUGGAGUAGAUGUGCAUUCUGCAGUUCACCUAGGAGCAUUGCUUGAUUAUUGAUGCCGCCGCACGUUUUGUUAUGCUGAAUGUAUUUAAAUAAGUGUUUGGUACCGCAAAGUCGUAAAAUAGCCUUAAAAACGGACAUACUGAAGCUUUUCGACAUGCACUCAUCGGAGAAAAAUUGCAUGAAUUACUUGAACGCUAGAGCAAAACAAUAUGCAUGUAUGAUAGAACCGAAAGAGACGACGGGCGCUAAACGGCGAGCUGUGAUUGGCUGUCAAGGUAAACAAUUUAGGCUUAGUACUAGCUGUAAAUUGAAGCGAAGCAACUAAAAUAACGCAAGGGUUCUUAUGAACUCUUUUUGGCGGCACAGAAUCGGGUCCGUUAGCUGGAUAUACGCUGCCUCUGCUUCUAGUUAUUCAUGCGAUUUUACUCCGAUGAGUGCAUGUCGAAAAGCUUCAGUAUGUCCGUUUUUAAGGCUAUUUUACGAUGAAUGUAUUUAAGUGAAGACAUCUCAUGAUGUCUCUUAAUUUAUUAGAUGUUUGUCUCAUCUGUCGCCGUUAAGGGGUGGAGACGGUCAAUGCAGUCUUGUAUUCAAAUACAUUCAAUGAAGGGAAAAUAUUUACUUUCCAAUUUUUUUAUGAUACAUUUCAACACAAUCGUAAAUAUUAUUGCCAAGCAUUGACUUCAAAAACUAAAUUGAUAAUGAUAUCUACCUUUUUUCAGAAGAUACUUAAUGUCAUGUGAAGAUAUUAUUUAGAUACUGAAAAUUACUAUGUUUCAUUUUACGCAGAAAACGUGUAAGGCAGAUGCAUUUUUUUUUCUGGCAUUCCCCUUAUAUUUUUUUGAAAUCUUUAUAGAACUUUAUAUUAUUAUAAGUGUCACUCAAAAUGUUUAAAAACUAUGUUUUACUUUGGGUCAUUAAAAAAAGUAAUUAAGAGUGUUGACAUGUUCUGCUAUUCCAUCUGCUAGUAAGAUAAGAUAUAAAAAAAAGUCAUCAGAGUUAUGUUGAAAACGUCAUAAAAAUAUGAUUUUUGUAGUAUUCCCAUAAGUUUAAUCUGCUGCAUUCAUGUAUAGUAGAAGCCCCAAAUUGGCUGUGACUGGAGUGGUAAAAAAUGUCUUCUUCCCAGACCAAAUUGUACUUACCUCAAUGAUGUUUAUUUUGCCUUGCUGUAUCAAUACACCAGGUGGGUGUUUCAUAAAGCUGUUCGUGAGUUAAGAACGACUUUAAGAACAACUGGUGAAUCUUUCUUGUGGUAAAUGGUAUAUGCCAAAAUGUCCAUUGAUGAUGGUUCAGCACGUAAGAAAGGUUCACCAGUCAUUCUUAAAACUAACAAAGAUUGAAGUGUGACUUCAAGUCAGUUGCAUGCAUUAUAAAAGGUGUCACCACAUUGGUCAAAUCAUGGUAGAGAACGCAUGCUACUGUGUAUUAAUCAAUAAGAUUGCGUGUUACAUAUUAUGGACGUUUCAACAUGUAUAAGCAUGACUAUAAAGUCACACUUAAUUCUUUCUGCCAGGACACAUACAUUUCUUUGAUGGCAUGUACAUGAAUGUGCAAGUUAUUUAGUGAGAACUUCUCGUGGCCUUCACCUAAAAUCCACACAUACGUGCCACUUAUCGCAUAUUAGAUUUUCAUCACUCGGUUAAUGAUGAAGAGUAUUCACCUACGACAUCUACUUAUUGCCAAAUGUUUAUAACAAUACCUUCCCCUUGAAAAUUUCAACAACAAAUGGAAGCCUCCGAUAUAUUUGUCUUCGAUCAACAUUUUGCCGAGUCUCAAAGCAUGCGUAAGCAAGUCUAUAAUAAGUGGAAUAUUUUUUCAACUUUUUUUCCCUUCAUUUUUCUGUAUUUUUGUCUUCGGAUUCAACUGGUCUUGUAAGCACUUGUGCUGUUUUUUAUUGAAACCAUUACUUGGUGGUGAAAUAUUUCUGUGUUAUCGUCUUCCCGUUUGAAAGCAAAUUGGCAAGUUGUAUGUCAGAUGAAGAAUAUGAAUAUAUAUGUUUUUUUUUUUAAAUGCUUAGUGCUUUCCCCCUUAGUAGCACGUCAUAAUCCCUCAGGUCUUUGUAUGAAAGUAUUAGUAUUCCUAUAAGGGCAUAUAUCAAUUUUAGUGUCUAAUAUUUGUACCUACUGUAUCUCUGUAUUCCUUAAUAUCGUUACAGGUGAGGUCAAGUUGUGGGUUAUUCUCUGGAGUGUGUUGUGAAGUCCUUGUUCAAUAACAAAUUUCUAAAUGUUGUUAGCUCUUGGUUUUCAAUUAAAACUAGGGGAUGACAAUGAUCAUGCCAAUUAUCAGAUCACAUAUUACAGCUCCCUUUGAUAACAGCAAUUUUCUUUUUUACUGAUAGUGAUAUUCUUAUAAUUUUCUUUAUUAAUGAGAGUAUUUCAAAGGAUAAAUUAUCUUCCUGGGUAGUUCUGCAACUCCAUUUCUUCUGUUUUGUUAGAUUCAAAUUAAUCUUGAAAAUAAUAUUUCUGAUACUUCCACAUUUAAAAUGUAGAUCCUAAAACACUGACUUUACUAAAUUUAUUGAAAAUAUAUUCCAUACGUUUGUAUGUUGGGCGGUCUUCCGUUUUAUUAGCUCAGAAUUGAGGCCUGUAUUCAAUCAAAAGACUUUCAAGAAAUAAGAUUUACUUAAAAUUUACUUACAUGCAAGGUUUUUGCUUGAAACAAAACAAUGUAUUUCAAAGUUGACAGCUGCAUGUCUUUAUGUUGAUGUAGUGGAAGCUUUAGGGUAUUCAUCAGUACAUUGACUAUAUGGGCUGCAUGACAGGAUUUUUUUCAUACUAAAAUAAUCACAUUGUUCUUCAAAUUGGCAACAGUGGUAAUAUUUAUAUAAUAUUUAUAUAACAGUGGUAAUAUUUAUAAAGCUUCUGAAAACAGUAAACACAGGAAAAAUUGUUUAAGGGACAAGUAUGACCCCCUUUUUAAUAUUUAAAUAAAAAUUCUGGAUAAGGAUUCCUUAGCAUGUUGCCAUUUUAAAGAGUUUUAAUGAUUAUUUUCUUUUUCAUUCAAAGAAGCCCCAUAUACAUCAACAUACCUUGGUGCUGGAUGUGAAGAUAUUUGCCCAUUUCGCUCACGAGUUUGGCAUAAUUCAAACUCUUUGAAUCAAAAGCUUUUCAUGCAUACAAAACAGUGAAUUAUACCAUCGUUGUCAAGAUUUUUGUUCACAUAAUAUUUCAAUAUUUGUGAUUUCCUGUUCUUUUUUUUCAUCCAUAUCAUUGCAUUUCACAAACAAUUAUUUGCAGUAAAAUGAAACUUUGUGAAAAGGGGAAGUUAGAAUGGCUGCAUUUUUAAAAGGCAGAAUUGGAAACAGGUUUAUGUUAAAUUCAAUAGUUUUACUGAGUAAUUCUUACUUUUCUGUGCUUGGUACUCGUUCAGUUAAAUACUUCUUAAAUCUUACAAUCUUCACAUAGAACCUGUGUUCUUUUAUAUUUCCUAGGAAAAAGGGGUUGCCCCACAAGCCUCUCAUGAUAAUGAAUGUUGUGGCACAUGGAAUAUGAAACACAUGGAUUGAAAAAUAGCCCUUAUUCCUGUUAACUUAGAAAAUAUGAUCAAUUAUAAAAUUGAUAACAAUCAUGACACUGUGACCAAAAAAGUGAUUAAGAAAUGCUAUUAAUCAUAUUUUAUUUAAUUUCUUCAUGCAACGGCCACAUAUCUGAUUUGCCUGGCAUUUUCUUUAAGCUAGAAGUGUGUAGUCUGUUUCAGAAUAUGAAUAAUCCAACGUUACAUUUAUUCAAGCUUCACACGAACAGUACUGUGUAUAGUAUAUAUAUACUGGACAAAAUUUAUUUGUGAUGUUAUCAUUUCUCGGGUUGUCAAAAUAUAGGAAAUGUUUUGACAUUUUUGUUUUUUUUUCCUUUUAAUAUUUAUCAUUAAAUAUUUUCCAAGCUAUUUUAUGUUAAACUCUACCAUGAAUGUUAAUCAAAAUUAAUUAAAAUCAUUUUUAUGUUUGAUAAUGCAUUAUGAUGUAAUUGGAUGAACAAGUCUUUUUUUGUAUGCCCCUUUUCUAAAAGAAAUUACCCUGAAGUUUGAAUCGAUGUGUUGACAUAGAUAUUUAAAUGAAAUAAAACUACUUACUCAGUAUUUGUAACAGAUGAGAAUGUACUUAACUAAU